ACUCGUUUGAAGCAGUAUAAGAAUUAUCAGAGUCUGCCUUCUUCUCGCCUAGACUUGGGAAAGGAGUGCAAGCAAGUUGAGAAAGGCCAAACCUUCUAUGAUUUUCAGUUCAAUACAAGACUUAUCAAGUCCACAAUUGUGCAUUUUCAGGUAAAUUUUAUGCCUUCUUUUUUCGUCCUUGAUUGCAGGACAAAGCACAUAAGUAUUAUGUAAUCCUAGUUAGAGUUAGGGAAAACAUGUACAAUUGUAGCAGCGCUUUGCCUCAAUGAUUUAUGUUAAAGUAGGGGACUUUCCUUUUGUUUAAAGCGUCUUUGGGGCCAGUUUCAAUCUGUUUUUUUUUAUGGAUUUAUACACUAGUAAAAGCUUAGAAAUGGAAAAAUUGCCGUCUAGUUUGCUCUUUGAGACAUCUGGUUAAUACAUUCAGCUAUCAAUUGAAUUGUUAUGCGGUAGUGCAGAAAUUAACCAACUUCAUUUUGCAUCACAUGGUUAUGUAAUUUUACAAUGUUGUAUCCGGUGGCAAUAAGCCACGGGGUUUUAUUUACUCUAUCUUUUUGUGCAGAUAAGUGAAUAUUUAAUCAUUACUAUUGAUUUGAUGCUAUGUGGUCACAAAGUAUUCUAAGUAAAAUGUUCAGUUAUGAGGUAUAUCUUUCUUAAUUUUAGAUCUGUCUAAGAAAAGCCUCGUAUAAUCUUUGCUGUUAUAGAAUAUGUGAACAUUUAAAGUCUUUUAUACUGCUGCUUCAAACUAAAUUUGCAACUAUUUGAACUUGGCCACUCUGCUUUUUAGAAUUUCUUUUAUACAUGUCCUGAUGUGUAUGAGCCAGUGUUUCCAAUACUUUCGAUUUUGGUGUUUUCAACUUUUAGUCCACGCCACAAUUGUUUGUGUGUCUGUUUUUCCUUUAUCCAACUAGUAGAUUUUCUGUUGCAAUAAGUUCUGAAUGUGUAUGUGUGUCGAGUUCGGUUGUGAUUUUCCAUUUGCUUGGUUGCCUUUUGGAUAUUGACUGGUGCUGAAGUAUGAAUCAUGUAAGUAUUUGAGCUUUAUUGUUUUCAUUAGCAGUAUAAAAUUUCAUUAACCGCUCUAUGGCAUUAGAAUUUUACCUGUUUGUAGCAGGGUGGAGUUAUAUCUGAGCAGCUGGCACUCAAAGGAUACAUUUCAAUAUGGCAUGAGAGGAGAAAAAUAACUCUGAACAUGUUAGAGAAAUCUAAGGAAUCUGUUGUGGGCGACAUCCAAGCACGACGUUUAUCUUAUGCAGAAUUCCUCUGUUAUGCACUGGUCUGCUCUGCGAAAGAGAAGUGAAGAAGUGCUCAAUGUGUCAAAACCAAUUGUGCCUACCAUGAAGUGUCCUCAAUCGCUUCCCGAGCCCUUGUCUAGAGUGCAGAUUAGCACGAUGUGUGUGAAGGAUAAUCUCUUGGUGGCUGGUGGUUUCCAUGGGGAGCUAAUCUGCAAGUACUUAAAUCAGCUGGAUGUGGUAUUCAGUACAAAAGUAACGACAGAAGAGAACGCUAUCACUAACGCAGUAGAUAUAUGCAACAGCCCUAGUGGUUCAAAAUGGGUGAUAGUUGGCAACAAUGAUGCUGAAGUUCGAGUUUUUGAUGCUGCAAACUUUGUUUGCUUGAAUCGUUUCUGCUUCCCUUGGUCUGUGAAUAAUACUUUGGCGAGUCCCGAUGGCAAGUUAAUUGCCGUCCUGGGUGACAGUUCCGAGUGCUUGGUUUCCGAAUCCCACACAGGAAAAGUCAUUGGUACCCUCAAAGGACACUCCGAUUACUCAUUCUCUUCUGCUUGGCACCCUGACGGACGAAUCUUAGCCACCGGAAAUCAAGACACAACAUGCAGACUAUGGGAUAUCCGAAACAUGUCUCGGUCCCUCGAGGUACUUAAGGGAAGAAUGGGUGCGAUAAGAGCACUGAAAUUCUCAUCAGACGGCCGGUUUUUAGCCAUGGCUGAACCAGCUGACUUUGUGCAUGUCUUCGAUACACAAUCUGGGUAUGAAAAGGCGCAAGAAAUUGACCUGUUUGGGGAGAUUGCAGGGAUUUCUUUCAGCCCUGAUACUGAAGCGUUGUUUGUCGGGGUUGCUGAUCGGACUUAUGGUAGUGUGUUGGAGUUUAAUCGAAGACAUCGUAAUGGAUACUUGGAUGCCAUAUUUUAGGUAAUGUACCUCUUGCAAAUUGCUGCAAGAGGAUUUACCUGUUGUGUUUCUGGGAAUGAGAUGUGAGUAUGUAAGUAUUUGGACAUAAUAGUUGAAACUUUUUGGUGUAAUUUGAACUUUGGAGGCAUUUUUUUUGAGGUUAAUGCCGAUGCCUUGAGUCGUCUAGCUAGGUUUCUGCUGAUUACCGAGCCUUUUUUCUCCGAAUCAGCGCCUUUUUCUCAGAUUAGCGCGGAGCAGUAAAUCACCCACCCGAAAAGCUGCUACUGUGAAGUGCUUUUUUUGGGGGGGGGGGGGGGGGGAUGUUUUUUCAUCUUUGUUGUGUGUGUAUAAAGUUUUAAACUGAUGUAAAUGGUGUUUAUAAUUUUUUUUUUGUGAUGUUAUAUGUUGUUUUUAUGUUUAUAUAUCAGGUUUGGAUUCUUGUCUGUUGUGCAACUGUGCAAGUGCUCCCUUAUGUAUUAUGUAUUGUGAUUUUUUAUUUUUUGGUGAUUAAUAUUGUGAAUUUUGUGACACUAGCAGAUAAAGUAUUAAGAGUUAAAUGUUAUCUAAAUUUGAACUCAGACAGUUUAUUUUGACUAUCUAUUGUAAUAAAGGAAAAAUAAACUCAUGUUAGAUUUUGUUA